AUGUUUCUCGCACGCUUUAAACCUUUGGCCUUUACUGCCUCCAGAUAUUACACAAGUGGCGUCGUUGUCACAGAGCCCUUGUUGGCCAGACUUAAGAAUGACCGUAAAACCUUCAUGAAAGAAAAGAAGCAACCCAACUUAAACGUAGUCAAGGGGCUCUUAAGCGACUUUACAUACUACACAAAGAGUGCUAAUUUCACAGAGGGAACACCUGAGGAAGAAGCCCUCAUGUCUGUUCUUCAAAAGGCCAUUAAGCGUCGUCAAGAUUCUGUCAACCAGUAUGAAGCAGGAGGACGUCCCGAAUUAGCACAACAGGAAAAACAAGAGUUGGAUUUAUUACAAGCUUAUUUACCCGAGCAAAUGUCGCCCGAGCUCAUCAAGGAAGAGUUGAUCGCAUUGAUUGGUGAAGUGGGUGCCACAUCAGCCAAGGAUAUGGGCAAAGUCAUGAAGGCUUGGAAAUAUGACGCUGCAACAGCUGAUCGUAAGACUGUCAGCAACAUUGUUAAGGAGUUAUUAAAAUAA